CUCUUUUUGCCAUUUUCAUCCCACUUCCUCUAUUCUUUUUUUUUUCUGCUUUUUUUUUCCUUGCCUUUGUCCUCCGCCAACAACGAAAUGUCUCGAUUGUGUGUUAAAAAUUUACCAAAAUAUCUGUCUGAAGAAGAUUUCCGCAAGCACUUUGCUGCGAAGGGUGAGGUGACCGAUGCUAAGCUCAUGAAGACUGGUCAAGGACGAUCGCGGCGAUUUGGCUUUGUGGGUUAUCGUACAGAAAAGGCAGCCGAAGAAGCUUUGGCGUACUUUAACAACAGCUUUAUCAACAUGUCAAAAAUCGUAGUGGAAAAGGCAAUUCCGUAUGGAUCAGAAGACCUUAAUCGUCCCUGGAGUAAAUACUCUACUGGUUCAUCGGCAUUUGAAAAGGUGCAUGGAUCAGAGAAAAAGCAAGACGAGUUCCAAGUUGAAGAAACAGACGCAUUUCGUGAACAGCAACAAAAGAUGCAAGAGCAUGUCAACACAUUCACCAACGCUGAAAACGAUCCUAAGUUACAAGAGUUUUUGGGUGUCAUGGCAGCGCGAUCAAAGGGCAAGACAUGGGCAAACGACGAUCUAACAGUUUUGGAAAAAUCAAAGGAUCAGGAUGUUGUCAAACAGAUAGUAGCAGACUCAGAUGACGAUUUAUACGACGAACUUCCUUCAAAACAAUCAGGGACGAAAGAAGACAAUGACAACGGGGACGACGAUAAAAUGGAUGAAGACAACGUGAAAUUGAACGACGAAACAGCAAGCGGCUCUAGAGCGAUGGAUGUAGAUGAACAUAACCCACACGUGCGUAAUCAGGCACCUAUGGACGUUACCGAGCAAAUUGAAGACACAGGUCGCUUGUUCGUACGGAAUUUGGCUUAUACAUGCACGGAAGACGAUUUGCGCGAGCUGUUUUCUCGAUACGGAUCCUUGGCAGAGAUCCAUAUGCCAAUUUCCAAAGAUACCAAACGACCCAAGGGUUUCGCGUAUGUCACAUUUACACUUCCAGAGCAUGCUGUGAAAGCGCACAAGGAUAUGGAUAUGAAGAAUUUCCAGGGCCGUUUGAUCCACAUUUUACCGAGCAAAGAAAAGCCUCAGCAAAAAGAGGAGGAAAUCCUUGGUCCUAACGGCAUGAAGAUGAGCAAGUUCAAGCAACAAAAGGAAUUGGAUCGCAAGAAAAAUGCAGGCAGCGAAUUCAACUGGAACUCGCUGUAUAUGAGUAGCGAUGCUGUUGCAGAGUCCAUUGCCAAUCGUCUCGGUAUUGACAAGGCCACGUUGUUGAAUCCUAACGCAGACAAUAUGGCUGUCCGACUUGCGUUGGCAGAAACAGAAAUUGUGAAUGAAACCAAAAAGUUCUUUGAACAGCAUGGUAUUGUUUUGGAUGCAUUCGGUGACAAGACGCGCAGUGACACCAUUCUCCUUGUGAAGAACACGCCUUAUGGUACAUCCGAGGAUGACAUGAGAGAGUUGUUUGGGCGAUUCGGCGAACUGGGCAGAGUAUUGGUCCCACCUGCCAAAACAAUGGCUGUUGUAGAGUUUUUAGAACCUAGCGAAGCUCGUGCAGCAUUAAAACAACUCGCAUAUCGUCGCUACAAGGAUACUUUGUUGUAUCUUGAAAAAGCACCUAGCGGCUUGUUCAAGGACAAGUUCAAUCCGGAGAUGCUCAAGAAGACACAAGAGGAUGCCAAACAGGUGGUAAGCGGUGCAGACUUUAUUGCCGUGGACCAAGGUGAUGUCGACGAGAGCAACCUUGGCACCCUUUUCGUCAAGAACCUCAAUUUCAAGACAACACCCGACCGGUUACAAAAGGCAUUCAUGGGCAUCGAAGGCUACCGGUCAUCUCGUAUCAAGGUCAAACCGGAUGCAAAGAACCCUGGCAAAACUUUGAGUAUGGGCUUUGGUUUCAUUGAGUUCAAAACCAAGGAAUUUGCAGAAAAAGCACUUCGUGCUAUGCAGGGAUAUACGCUCGAUGGUCACGUCUUGCAGUUGAAAUUCUCAAAUGCCAGUGCAAGCGCUACGUCUACCAAAACCGAAAAGAAACCCGAAACGACCAAACUUAUGGUGCGCAAUAUACCGUUUGAAGCAACAAAGAAGGAUUUACAAGAACUGUUUGGAACACAUGGAAAGAUGGAAUCUGUUCGAUUACCCAACAAAGCCACUGGUGGUCAUCGUGGUUUUGCCUUCUUGAACUUUUCUACCAAGCAAGAAGCCAAGAAUGUCUAUGACAGCAUGGGUAAUAUUCACUUGUACGGCCGUCAUCUUGUCUUGGAAUGGGCUAACGAAGAUGAGGGUGUCGAUGCUCUGCGAGAAAAGACUGGAAAGAGUUUCGCGAAGGAAGAGCGAAUUGGUGGACGAUUAAACAAGAAGCGCAAGGUCGAAGUAGACGAAGGGGAAGAAGAGUUUUAAUUCACUUUUUGUUUUUCUUUUAUACUCAUCCAUCUCUUUAAUUUCGCAUCAUCUUUGUAUUUUCUAUUCUGGCUUUUCUUCUUCUGCAUCCUGUAUUCCCUCAUAUAACUUUUAAUGGUUUUUAUUAUAUAUUACAUUUGCACAUUUGUACCAAAUUAAAAAAAGAACUCAUUGCAUAUUCAAAAACGCAAAAAGUCUAAUAUAUGUGGCUAUAUGCUAUCAAAAG